UACGGGUAAGAACACAAUAUAGUGGAAGGUGUGGAAAUUCGAGAAUGUAUAAAUUAUGUAGAAGAAGCCAUCAACAGACAGCUUUCAAAACGGAAUACUCUGCGUCUUCUUUGUCUACUCUCCAUCAGCCAGGAUGGCUUGUCUUCUAGAGAUUACAGGUCUCUAUUUACCCAGUUUCUUCAGAGCUAUGGUCAUAAUUACUUAUUGACAUUUUUCAACCUGAAGAAGACAGGGCUCUUCACUGAGCAAGCAUCUGUGGUUGUCCCCUCUGCAUCAGCAGUGGCUAGUACUGCAGCCAUCAGGAUGGCUGGGAAGAUGGCUGCAGCAAUGGCAUCGUUACCUCGUAGCAGUUCUUUCAAAAUAGUUACUCGGAAGUUUUCUUUGGUUCCACCCGCCAUCGAGCAUUAUGACUUGAAGAAUCCUACGGACAUGGGAUACGUGUUCAGUGGUGCUUAUGUUCCACUUACUUGUCGGAUUGUUGAAGAGAUUAUCCAAAGGGAUGGAGUGAGAGGUCUGGAGGAACCACUGAAGCUCCUGUCUGGUCCAACGGUCAGCUCAGUCAAAGGAGAACCUAGAAUAACACCAGGUGCCCACUCGGAUCCACUUUCACCUAAAGUGGUGUUGGUGUGUUUUCUUGGAGGUGUGACUUAUGCUGAAAUAGCAGCUCUGAGACUCUUGGAAAGAUUGAAAGGUUGUCAGAUCUUUAUAGCGGCGACAUCUAUUAUCAAUGGUAACACUCUUCUUCAGCAGUUUGAACCAACAUUCUUGUAGAUAUCCAGUAAUGCUUCUUUCUGAUUGGUUAAAGAGAGGAUCACAUCUCACUUGGAAGAAACAUAUGCUUUGUUUUCUUUUAAUAUUUAAAAGUAAAUUCUGUUACUUAACAAGGAAUAAAUGCAUUUGAAUUGUGUAUAAAUUAGGGUAAAGAGACAUGAAAAUGAGUCCAAUUUAUCAAUCUUUUUAUCCCACGUGUUCUUUGCUUGACUGUUUAGUGACUCGAACCUUGGAUUACUGAUGCACUGUCUUAAAUUAAGAAAG